AUGCGUUUGACGUUGGCACUUUUGGUGCUGAUCGCACUGAUCGUCGUGGCCACCGAGGCCCAAAGGAAUCAGAAGAGGACGAAGGCCAGGACUUUGGUUAGAAACACUCCCCGUCAAUCGCGAUCUAAAACAAGUAAUGCCCGAACUAGGAACCUGAAAAGACGAUCGAUAAAAGCCCGUAACUCCAAUCGCAAGGCGGUGAUUGUUGUUGGCAACGGCAGCAGUUCCUCCAGCAGCAGUUCCACACCCGCCUCCCGAUGCACCACCACCACCACGAGCUGCUAUGUCAACUCCAAUGUCUGCGGUCGAUGGAGUUCCACCCGCAGGUGUCAUCGGUUCAAGAACAGGUGCCUCAUGGAGCAGGCCAAUUGCCAGACAAGUGUUUCCAGCUGGAAUGUGGUAAACCUGGCCAACUGUACGAGCAUAACUGUCAAUAAUACUGGCACCUGUAGCAGCACCUUUUCAUCUUCAUCGAGUUCAACAUCCAGCUCUGCCUUGGCCAGCAUUCUCUCCACAAUUUUGGGAUCAUCAUCAUCUCCAUCGAGCGUCACGCCCAUUAUUAUCCGAAGAGGUUGA